AUGAGACAGAGACCAGGAACUAGCGGAGUUCUCAGACAUUUCAGGAGACUCGUCCAGACUGCUGGCAUCAACAGCGAUUUCCUACAAUCAAGGGACCUCGCGGAAGACCAUGAGAAACCACGAGGAAGACCACGGAAGACUGACGACCAGCUGAGGGAAUACCAACUACAGAACGACCAGCUGCCGGAAUACCAACUGCAGGACGACCAGCUGCCGGAAUACCAACUGCAGGACGACCAGCUGCCAGAAUACCAACUGCAGGACGACCAGCUGCCGGAAUACCAACUACAGGACGACCAGCUGCCGGAAUACCAACUACAGGACGACCAGCUGCCGGAAUACCAACUACAGGACGACCAGCUGCCGGAAUACCAACUACAGGACGACCAGCUGCCGGAAUACCAACUACAGGACGACCAGCUGCCGGAAUACCAACUACAGGACGACCAGCUGCCGGAAUACCAACUACAGGACGACCAGCUGCCGGAAUACCAACUACAGGACGACCAGCUGCCGGAAUACCAGCUACAGGACGACCAGCUGCCGGAAUACCAACUACAGGACGACCAGCUGCCGGAAUACCAACUACAGGACGACCAGCUGCCGGAAUACCAACUACAGGACGACCAGCUGCCGGAAUACCAACUACAGGACGACCAGCUGCCGGAAUACCAACUACAGGACGACCAGCUGCCGGAAUACCAGCUACAGGACGACCAGCUGCCGGAAUACCAGCUACAGGACGACCAGCUGCCGGAAUACCAGCUACAGGACGACCAGCUGCCGGAAUACCAGCUACAGGACGACCAGCUGCCUCCCGCCUCCGCGAGGCCCCACCGCCUUGAGAGGCAGCUUCUCCAGCCACGGAUGAAAGCAGGAAAUUAUG